AUGGAGUCUGGCCGGCCGAGGUCUAGUCAGACUACCGUAUCCGUCAAUUUCGACGACGCCAAUACCCUCUCCCCACACCCACGUAUCAAAUUCGGCGUUGCGGAAUGCAUCGAGACUAAGACCAUCACCACCACCACAACUACGAAGAGAUCUUACCCACCUCUCCUCGUAAGGGAGUCGAGGCCCCUUUCAUCCCUCGACACCAAGGAGUACCCUCUGGCUCAAAAACCCACCCCACCCGAGUUGGCCAAUUUUACAUUUAAUGUCUCCCAUUAUGGCGGCAUAUCUUGGCCUGUUGACGAUGAUAUUGACCACCAACAAGACUCCCAGCAAUAUGCCAGUGACGAAUCUUUUCAAGAUGUCAAGACAGAGCCGGGAAUAGACCCAUCCAACGUUCAGGGCACCCGACGCUCAUCCAACAAUCCCUAUCUACGAACAUCUUCCCGCGCAGGUCAUAAGAUGGAGUCCCGGGCCUCUUCGCCGAUUGUUGGUGGAUCUGUCAAGAAAAGCUCGCAGAGACAGGCCGCACGGGCCUAUACUACAAACAUUUCCAGCGCCGUAUCGGACAAACUCCGUCGUGCCUUGACCCACGGUUCUCGUAAAGAAGUCUCUAGGCACAACCCGGGUAGAGCCUCUAGCAGUAGUUUUCCAGCAACUCCUGACACUGAACCCAUGCCCAUCAACGCCAGUCGACCUCCGAGAUUACGCCAUUCACAUCUCGAAUCAUUCGAGACCCCCGAGUCUCACAGUACCAGUCAAUCACAGUCCUUUUUCGACAUAUCAAGCCCUUCUGGCAGUGACUCCCAUACCGUCUUUAGUAGUAAUGUGGCUACUCCCCCCAUUACCGAUGCAGACGCAGAUGCCGAGCCCUUCGCCGAUGUCGAUGCCGACGAGUCUCUCCAACAAUCUAUUCGCGCCCUUCAUCAUCCACGACCUAUUAACACCCUCGCAGCCCAAGAUGCAAGCUUACCUAGUCCGCGCUUGUCUCCAACCCUCCAGGCCUCCAGAUUUCAUGAACUUGAUCAAGAUGAAGCAGAUAACGCUGCAGAUGAGGACGUUUCUCUGAUCUUCCACGAUGACAGCCAGAACACGAUGGAUUAUGAAUCCGGCCCAUCUUCUGCGGAUACGGAACCCUCAUCGGCCAUCGUUAAGCGUUUUGACGAAGACACGCAAUCCUCUCAGCCCACGAUAAUGGACACUCGCUCCAUGCUGGAGAGCUUCGAUGCAAUGCCCACCGAGAUGAAGUCGUUCAUGAUGUAUCAAUUCCUCCGCAGAUGUUCCCGGAAGACCCUCCACGUUGUAGCCGACGUCGUUAAUCCUGCCCUAAAGUGUGAUAUCCUGAAGGACUUACCCCUUGAGCUGACUUUACAUAUCCUCUCUUAUUUGGAUCAUCGUGAUCUGUGCCGUGCGGCACAGGUUUCGAAGCAUUGGCGGGGUAUCAUUGACAGUAACGAAACCUGCUGGAAGGAGCUUUUCGAUCUGGACGGCUUCACUCUGGCCCCAGGUGAGCUCGAUAGAGCCAUUCGAGAAGGAUGGGGUUGGCAAGAUCCCGUGGGACAUGAUGGAUGCGAACGCGACUACAGCACGCAGGCUCGACUUACAUCUACCGAGAAAGAACUGAUCCGUUCUUCCAAACCGGACCCGCCGCCGCAUAAGCUGCGAACUUCCAAGCGCAAGAGAGCUUUGAAUAGCCUCGGCUCCGAACGAUCAAAGCGACGAGCAAGCGCGCAGGAGAUGGCGAAAGAUGAAAAAACUUACACCGGGGAGAGAAUACACAAAUCUGAAGGACCCAUGUCUGCCGCCAACGCCGCCGCCAUGGCCGUGCCUGACCCGCAUAUUGGCCUACCAAGCCUUAGGAGACUUCAUUUAUUCAAGUCACUCUACCGUCGCCAUUAUAUGAUCCGUAAGAGUUGGACAAGUGGCAAGGUCAAGCCUGGCCAUGUGGCAUUUGCGGCUCACCCUCGUCAUGUCAUUACUUGCCUCCAGUUUGACGAAGACAAAAUUAUCACUGGUAGCGAUGACAUGCUUAUCCAUGUUUACGAUACGAAGACUGGAAAGCUCCGCCGACGUUUGGAAGGUCACGAGGGAGGGGUUUGGGCGCUCCAAUACGAAGGCAAUGUUCUGGUGUCUGGCUCAACAGAUCGCUCUGUUCGUGUGUGGGAUAUUGAGAAAGGACUUUGCACGCAGGUGUUUUACGGUCACACUAGUACUGUCCGUUGCCUGCAAAUUCUAAUGCCGACAGAUACAGGCAAGGUUGAGAAUGGGCAGGCUGUUAUGAUGCCUGCGAAACCUCUCAUCAUUACCGGUUCCCGGGAUAGUCAACUACGAGUGUGGCGUCUACCUGAAUCAGGAUCUAGAAGAUAUAUUCAGACUGGACCACCUGCCAACGAUGCCGACUGUCCGUACUUCAUCCGCACGCUUCAAGGCCACAACCACUCGGUCCGCGCCAUUGCUGCGCAUGCAGAUACACUCGUUAGCGGAAGUUACGAUAACACCGUGCGCGUGUGGCGUAUCAGCACCGGGGAGACAGUGCAUGUGUUGCAGGGCCAUACCCAGAAAGUGUACAGCGUCGUCUUAGACGUCGCACGUAACAGAUGCAUAUCGGGUAGCAUGGACAGCUACGUGAAAAUCUGGGAUCUAGAAACCGGAACCUGUCUACAUACCCUUGAUGGGCAUACUCUCCUCGUUGGUUUACUGGAUCUCCGUGACGAGCGACUCGUCUCGGCAGCCGCAGAUAGUACCCUGCGUAUCUGGGACCCGGAGAGUGGACGAUGCCAGUCGACGUUGUCGGCGCACACCGGAGCAAUUACCUGUUUUCAACAUGAUGGGCGGAAAGUUAUUAGUGGCAGCGAACGAACUCUGAAAAUGUGGGACAUCCGCUCGGGCGAGUGCAUUCAGGACCUUCUGACGGACCUUAGUGGGGUCUGGCAGGUUAGGUUUGACGAACGCCGAUGCGUAGCGGCUGUCCAGCGAGACAAUCUAACAUACGUCGAGAUUCUUGACUUCGGCGCGGUUCGUGAUGGCAAAUCACCUGAGGAACUUGGGAAACGAAUCCUGCUCAAUGCCCCUGAGGUGCAGAGAAUCAUAGAAGAAGACAACUAG